AUGGUUCAGUUUAUGGGUUUAAGGGAUCACGGUUCAGGAUCGAAGGACAAUUUCGUGAUCGAGGAUUCGCUUGAAGAAGAACACGCUCCUCUCAACAAGCGUUGCAAACAAUGGAGUACUUCAAAUAGUGCAUGUUUCAGUUUUCCUUCUCAAGAUCAUAGCAUACUUGAUGAGCCUAGCCCUUUGGGUUUAAGACUUAGGAAGAGUCCUUCGCUGGCAGAUUUGAUUCAAGCGAAGCUCUCUCAAGGGGAUAAGGCUGUUUCCAAUACAAAGGAUGAUGAUGAUAAUUUAAGCUCUGGAGUGAAAAAGGAGAGCCGGGCUCCUGUUGAGAAGCUCAAGGCUUCGAAUUUCCCAGCCACGCUUUUAAGAAUUGGUUCAUGGGAGUAUAUCUCAAAACAUGAGGGUGAUUUAGUGGCAAAAUGUUACUUUGCUAAACAGAAGCUUGUUUGGGAAGUUCUUGAGGGUGAGCUGAAGAGUAAAAUCGAAAUCCAAUGGUCAGAUAUCACUGCACUUAAAGCAAAUUGUCCUGAUGUUGGACCAAGCACAUUGUCUAUAGUGGUUUCUAGGCAGCCUCUUUUCUUUAGGGAGACUAAUCCUCAACCUAGAAAGCAUACAUUGUGGCAAACAGCGACUGAUUUUACAGGUGGACAGGCUAUCAAAUCCAGGAAGCAUUUUUUGCAAUGUGAACAAGGAUUGCUGAUCAAGCAUUUUGAAAAGCUCAUCCAGUGUGAUGAACAUCUUCAGUCUUUAAGCCAACAGCCAGAGAUAACGUUGGAUUCACCUCAUUCUGAUUUUGCUUUUGAUAAGCAUGACAAUCUAAAAAAAUAUGAUUUGGAUCAAGUCAAUGGCAAAGGAUCAGUUACGUCUCGUUUUCAGAACACGGGAUCUCCUCAUUCUUCCCUGUCACCAUCGUUUACCUUAGACAGCACGUUGGAUUCACCUCAUUCUGAUUUUGCUUUUGAUAAGCAUGACAAUCUAAAAAAAUAUGAUUUGGAUCAAGUCAAUGGCAAAGGAUCUGUUACGUCUCAUUUUCAGAACAUGGGAUCUCCUCGUUCGUCCCUGUCACCAUCGUUUACCUUAGACAGCAAUCCUUUUGAAGCAGCUUCUUCUAGUUCAGAAGGGAUAAAUAGUUCUGAAGCUGAAUCGAAGGACCCAAAUAACUGGGAUCAAAUACAACUGGCAGGGCUUCGUCGGUCCAUGUCGGUGAGUGAUUUUAUUGGCCACAUUGAACAUCACCUUUCCGAAGAAAUAGCCUCAGGGAAUCUAUCAUCUUCUGCUAAAAGAAUGGACUACAAUGCAAUCCUGGAUAAGAUUGCAUAUGAUCUCCUUAUCGACAAUCAUGUUACAACAGAUUCUGACGAAAUAUCACUCAUGUCAAGGGUCAAUUCUCUUUGCUGUCUUCUGCAAAAGGAUAAUUCACAUGACAAUUCGCAUGACAACAAGAGCUCAAUUGAAGGGCGUAAUGAUAUGAAGGCUGCUGAAGAGGACUCGAGAAAUGUUUCUGGCGGCCAUCAGGCACCGGGCAUGUCUAGGAAAGACUCAUUUGGAGAAUUGCUUCAAAAUCUCCCUAGAAUCGCAUCUCUUCCAAAGUUCUUGUUUAACAUAACAGAAGAUUAG